CAUCCCAUUGAAUCAUUUAUGAUUUCAACAUAUUUCAAUUUGUAAUUCCAUAGAUUUUUUUUUUAAAAUAAUAAAUAUAACUGUCAAAUUGGAUAUUGUCAGGUGUAUUCGAUCAUUGUCAUCGAAACUACAAUUGGGUUGAUGAUGAUGAUCACGCCAAUUUUUCUAAAAUAAUAGGCAUCUCAUAUUUUUUUCUGCUCAAUCAUCAAGUUUAUUCAGUUUUUUUCUCUUAAUGAAUGGCUUUCAAACAAAGGAUACAAUCAUUUUAUAAUCUGAUCUAUGAAGAACAAUUGGAGGUAGCAUCGGCUCUUGACAUCAGCCGAUUAAGAAAAAUUUGUUUCGAAUCUGGUUGUCCCGAUGAUGAUAAACAUAUCCGUUCCAUUGCAUGGAAGUUACUACUCAGUUAUUUGCCCAUCAACCGAAAUGAAUGGAACAAAUGUUUGCAACAAAAACGUCAACUUUACCAAGAAUUUAUUCGUGAUCUUAUAAUCGAGAAUGGUAAUAUUGGCCAAUCUCAAGAUGAUCAUCCUUUGAACACUGAUCCAAAUAGCAAUUGGAAGAACUAUUUUCGUGAGAAUGAAAUUCUUCUACAAAUUGACAAAGACGUCCGUCGCCUUUAUCCGGACAUAUCAUUUUUUCAGCAAAAAAUUGCUCGCAAAUUCAAUUCAUCUGACUGUGAUAUUCUUUCCGGACGUAUGAAUAAUUCAGCUCAUAGUAUCGAUGUGAUCAAGGAUUGUUUUGGAAUGACCGAAAUACGUAAGAACAAAGUGUAUGAUCAAAAUCAAUCUAUUGAUAACAUGCCAGCUGAUUCGAAUGAUGGUGAAUUCCAUUGGCAAGUUGUGGCUCGAAUAUUAUUUAUUUACGCUAAACUAAAUCCCGGUCAAGGUUACGUGCAAGGAAUGAACGAAAUCAUUGGACCGAUAUACUAUGUAUUUGCAAAUGAUUCCAAGUUGGAAUGGCGUAAUCACAGUGAAGCCGAUACAUUUUGGUGUUUUACCAAUCUAAUGAGCGAGAUUCGGGACAUCUUUAAUAAGCAUGCCGAUUCUGAUCGUUCAUCGGGUAUUGUAAGUCGAAUGGAUCGGCUAGUACAGAUACUGAGCAAAGAAGAUCAGGAGUUAUGUCAACAGAUAAAUUUGAUUCAAGGAAUCAAACCUCAUUAUUAUGCAUUCCGAUGGAUCACAUUGUUGCUAUCACAAGAGUUUCCAUUGCCUGAUGUUCUUCGUCUUUGGGACUAUAUGUUUUCUGAUGAGAAUCGAUUCGAUUUUCUGCUUAAACUCUGCUGUUCAAUGAUUAUAAUACUACGUGAACAGUUGAUGAGUGGUGAUUUUGCAUCCAAUAUGAAAUUGUUACAGAAUUUUCCGGAUUCAAUUGAAAUAACAUUUAUUGUUGCUCGUGCCAAAACUAUACAGGCUUCAUAGCAAUCAUUUCAUAUCUGUACUUUUAUAUUCUACAAAUUAUCUAUCAACUCGUUGAACCCGCCCAUGUAUUGAAACGCGCCUUAAUAUAUAUCUUGAUUUGAAUAUGUUUAAUUCUAAAAUUGUAAUAAAUAAAUAUUCAUUCAACAAGAUGUAAUUGAUAACA